UAGAUGUAUAUUGUUGUAUUCCGCUUGUGAAGAUUCAUUUAAUCACAGGGCCAUGGAGGAGAUAUGCAGAGUUUGCAAUGGAAAGUCCGGAGCUUUCACAAACAUUUUUAAUGAUGGACCCACAUUGGAAACUUGCAUUGCUGACAUGAUAGAGCAGUGUACCGGGUACGAGGUUAGGCGAGGCGAUUUACUACCAGAAAACAUAUGUCCGCCCUGCCUCGAGGAUGCAGUGAGUGCAUUCAAUCUUAAGAUCACCUGUGAGCAGAGCCAUAAACUCCAUUUCCCAGCGAUGGGCGUGAGGACAGAAAAGUAUAAUCUGACUGACAAGGAUUGGUCAGGUAGUCGAAGUGACAAAUCGAACAAUAUGGAAGCUGAUGCAGAAUGUUCACAAGAUACUGGAGCUAAGACGGAUUAUAUCGAACGACCCUACAAAUGCUUCCACUGUUCUCAAUCCUUGCAACAUAAGUCCCAUCUUAGUGAACACAUCCGCACUCACACUGGUGAGCUACCGUAUAGAUGUUCUUACUGCUCAAAGUCCUUUAUAAUAAAAUCCAAACUUGAAAGACACACUCGAACGCACACGGGCGAACGACCCUACCAAUGCUCUCACUGCGCGAAGGCUUUUUCGCACGAUGGAACUCUCCGGAUACACAUCCGUACACAUACGGGUGAACGACCAUACCUAUGUCCCCACUGCCCGAUGUCCUUCACCCAAAAUUCGGAACUCAAAGUACACAUCCGCACUCACACGGGGGAGCGACCUUAUAAUUGUUCCCAGUGCUCCAUGUCAUUCAAGCAACUCGCCCAUCUUCAAAUACACACACGGUCCCACACAGGUGAACGACCGUACCAAUGCUCUCACUGCUCAAAGGCAUUUAAACAAAAUAUCGAACUUAAAGUACACAUCCGCACUCACACGGGGGAGCGACCAUAUACCUGUGCUCACUGUUCGAAAUCAUUCGCCCAUAACGUAUCUCUAAAACGGCACAUACGCGCUCACACGCAGAAAAAUUGUUAAAGUUUAAAAAGUUAGCUUUAAGAUUAAUUUUACAGAAUAUUAAACGUAUCUAACGUCAA